UCUGAUUUUUAACUUUUUUCCCACUUGAAAUUAUAAUCUGGUGUUGGUUUCAGAGUCUCUUUCUCUUUCUCUUUCUCUGCCGCUCUCCUUCACUGGGUUUGUUUGUUUUUCUGAGAUGUUCUUCCAGUGGUUGUAGGAGUGGAUGGGGUUUAGAACAAUGGUGUCUCCGAACAGAGGUCAGACGGCUCAUUUCCCGCCUUUCGGUAGGCAAGGCGCUCUCUACAAUCUCACCCUCGAUGAGGUCCAGAGCCAGCUAGAGAAUUCCGGAAAGACAUUGGAUAACAUGAAUUUGGAUGAGCUGGUGAAGAGUGUCAUUGCUGCAGAACAGGACCAGGUCGUUCAGAAUGCUGCUGCUUCUUCUUCGUCAUCCACUGCAGUUACUCCUGGGAAUUUAAAUUUAAAUCGAACACUCAGUAGAAAAACUGUUGAUGAAGUUUGGAAAGAAAUUGCUCAUCAAGAAGAGCAAGGAAAUGCAGGUCAUGAAGAAUCAGUGCAGAGGCAACCAACCCUUGGAGAAACUACCCUUGAGGAUUUCCUGGUCAGGGCUGGUGCCAUUAACGCAGGCAAUCAAGAUAGUGUUGUUGAUGCACAGUCAUUGGUUGCCACUGAUACCAUUGUUGCGGCAGCAUCGCAACAGGCAGAUUGGUUUCAGUUCCAGAUGGCUGCUGUCCAGCAACAACAACAGCAGAUGUCAGUCUUGGAUUCGACUAUGCCUCUUUCUGUAUCAGUGUUUGGUACUUCAGGUGUGGAUGUUGGCUACCAUGAGAAUCAACUGGCACUAUCAAUGCCAAUGCCUUUGGUGGUGGCCGCACCAGCAGAGUCACAGGCAGCAGUUGAUAGGAAACGACGGUUCUCAGAUGAGAUAAUGGAGAAGACCAUUGAGAGGAGGCAGAAAAGGAUGAUUAAGAACCGUGAGUCAGCUGCUAGAUCAAGGGCAAGGAAGCAGGCUUAUACGAACAAGUUGGAGAAUGAUCUUGCACAAUUGAAGGAAACAAAUGAGGGGCUUAUAAAGGAGAAGGAGACGCGGAUGCUUUUUCCUUCUGAUCCAACUUCUGUGCCUAAAUACCAACUUCGUCGUACCAGCUCAGCACCAUAUUGAUGCAGGCAUGGAUAUCUAUAUUAAUCUUUCUUUUUUUCACUUAUUUCCAUUCUUAUUCAUUAAUUUGUAGAUCUGUUCAAGCCUUAGUUAUAUUUGAGUCUGUGAGUCUCCCAAUGGUGGGCUUUUCUAAUUAUUUGAUGAAGGCUGAGGUUGAAAGGAAGAGACAUCCACUCCUCACCCCCUACAAAAAUGAAAGAAGAAAGAAGAAAAAAAAAAAA